AUGGAUCGUUCUUACCUAAAAUGUGCAGUUCAAAAAGUGACGCUUUCGACAGAAAAUGUCAAAUUCUCAAUUGUAAAAUUUAAAUGGUAUCAUUGGGCACUUUACAAACUCACAGACAUCGAUGAAUGUGCGGAGGGAGAUCCAAACGGUUCUUACACGUGCGAGUGUUUAUUUGGGUUUGAAGGGAAUGGAACAAAUUGCACAGAUAUCAACGAAUGUGAACGGGAUGCUCCGUGUCAUACAAAUGCAACUUGCACAAACGUGGAUGGAUCUUUCUACUGCGCUUGCAAAGCAAACUACAGUGGCGAUGGCUUCUUUUGUGAAGUGUUGACGUGCAAAGUGGAAGCCAUAUACUAUGCAACAACCGAUGCUAUCAAAGGCGUAUUCUCUGACGGUAACACAACAGUGACCAUAUUAUCCGCAACCGACGUGAAACUAAAUUAUGAUUCUGGGACUAAAAGACUCCUCUACUACGAUGGCACCAGUCUGAUCACAGUUAAACUGGACGGAAGUAAUGCAACCACGAUAGCAUCUCUCACGACCAUCUCUCGGUUUACAGUAGAUCAUGUAACAAGAAAGGUCUACUACGUUACUGGACUAUUCAAAUCACUAAAUGUUAUUGACUUGAAUACUGGAAAUACAACGAAGCUUAAUCCAACCAAUAUUGCUAAUGUUGUCGACUUGGAUAGUGAUCCAGAUAACAGUUCCCUUGUGUUUGCUGACGCCAACAAAGGAGACAUUGUUCGCUAUUUUCUCGACAAAGACACAAAUGAAGUUGUUUACCAUAACGACACAUCACCAAAAUAUCUGACAGUUGACCCUCAGUAUGAAGUUAUUUAUUGGAUUGAUUAUAUCGAUGCUAGUGAUAGUUAUUCUCUUAUGAAAACAUAUUUCAAUGGUUCAACGUCUGAAGUCAAGUUCUACCCUGGUACAACGAGUUCAGUAAACGUUGCAAUAGGGAAAGAUAAUUUCUAUGUAAUGGAUAGCACAAGGAAACGUAUAGAUGUGUUUGACAGACCCAAUGCUACUUUCCAAUAUUCAUUUUUUCUCAGUGAUUCACCACAAGAAAUAACUGUUGUUGAAGAUUUGGAUGAAUGUUGUGUUGGUGGAUAUUGUCAUGAUAAUGCAACGUGUACAAACACACCAGGAAGUUAUUUCUGCACAUGCAAGGAAGGCUAUACUGGGAUAGGAACUAAUUGUGAAGAUGUUGACGAAUGCCUAAAAACCCCCCAUGUCAUUCCAAUCCUACGUCCAAUAACACAAAUGGAUCUUAUAUCUUCAUAUGUAAUUCUCGAUAUAUACAGGAGACGGAUUUAA